AUGGCUAAUGAAGACGACUGGACCUGCGACGCCAAUGAUGCCCUUCAAAUAACCGUUGUCCAGCCUAGUGAGGAAAAGCCAAAGACAAUCUCUAGCUUUCACCCCCAAUUUACAUAUCCGAUAUUUGGUGACGAAGAACAAAUUUUUGGCUAUAAGGGAUUGAUAAUCCGCUUGCGACUUGCGGCCCAUGACCUGCGCCCGCAUAUUCACAUCUCUUAUGAUGACAAGUUCAAGCCCGUGGGUGAUACCGCAGCAGUGGACCUUUUGAAAACACUCAAACCAUGGGUUCCGGAAGAGGCCUUUUCCACCCUUCCGGAAUACGAGACUGCGGUCCAAGAAGACGCGGAUGCAAAGGACUUUGUGCCACCGGGCAAUCUUGUCCAUAGCUAUGUGACUCGUCUUAGGAACUAUGAGAUUUGGGCUGGUUCUCUUGCUGACCCCAAAGUGCAACGACUUCUGAAUCGGGCGCAAAUAUUCGUCUCUCUGUUUAUCGAGGCCGGCACCCCUCUAGCAAUAGAUGACCCUGAAUGGACUCUUGAGAGGUGGACAGUAUACUUUGUAUAUGAGAAAGUGACCCCUCCAACACCAACGGCUUCACAAUACUCGUUAGUUGGGUAUGCAACAACAUAUCGCUGGUGGUUUUAUCAAAGAAGUGAAUUAGAAAUGCCUAUUGCCACGGAAGACUCUUUCCCAGCGCCAGAAAUUAGUCCUGCACAGCUUCCGGCUCGAUUGCGGAUUGCCCAAUUCCUGAUUCUUCCUCCUCACCAAGGCUCGGGACAUGGUGUUCAUCUGUAUACGACCAUCCAUUCUGCAUGCUUUAAUGAUCCAACGAUUGUUGAAUUGACAGUUGAAGAUCCAAAUGAGGCCUUCGAUGCGCUACGUGACACUUCAGACUACCACAUCUUACUCCCAGAGUUUCAGAAACAGAAAGUGGGUAUCAAUCCUGAUCCCAACGACUCGUACUCUAAGAAGCAACGGCCUCGUUAUGUCCCCACAUCUGCCCUUAUUCCGACUAAAAUUCUUCGCGAUAUCCGCUCCUCCUUUAAGAUUGCGCCGACGCAGUUUGCUCAUAUUUUGGAAAUGUACCUCUUGGGUCAGAUUCCUAUCAAGAAUCGCCAUGCUGGUGGGGCAAAUAUGGCCAGGCUUUUGAUCAAAAAGUAUAACACGGAUGAUCCCAAUGAACGACGUUAUUACUGGUGGCGUAUGCUUGUCAAGCAGCGCCUCUUCAAACGCUCUCGAGACAUGUUAAUUCAACUUGAAAUGAGCGACCGUAUCCAGAAGCUCGAGGAGACUGUUACGAAUGUAGAGGAAGGCUACGAAGCUUUACUUAAGGUUUUCACAGCUCGGGAAGAGGCCCUCAAGAGUAAACAAGAGGAAGAUGGUCUUGCAGACGUCAUUGUAGACGAGGGCAGUGCAAACUCCAAUAGUUCCCCUGGCAAUGGCCAACGUGCCAAGCGAAAAUUUACGAUUAGAGACGAGGAGGAUGAAGCUGAGAAGGUAGAUGUCUCGACCAUCAAGCGGGCAAAGAUAUAA